AUGAGCGAAGAUGGUUCGACGAUAAAGGAGAGCGUGAUUAUUUCUCCAGAAAAGGAACAAAUAAAAUCUGGUAAUACAAAUAAGAAACAAACAUUACAUGAAAAUAAUAAUUCUCAAUAUGAACAAUUUAUUGAACGAAUUGAACAACUUGAUCUUAUUGAUGAAGCACAGGAUUUCGAUGCCGAUUCAGGUGUAUCAUCAUUAAGACAAUCAUCUGGUAAAGGGGCUACAUCUAUAUCACGAACAACUAUAAUAAUCGAUGAUGAAUUAGAAAAUCCAGAAAAUUUUCAAACAAAAAAUUUUUCACAUACGAAUGCAAAUGAUUAUGAUCGUCGUGUAUCAGAUUUUUCAUCUAUGACGAAUUUUACACAUGGUAUGGAAUUUAAUGAACUCUGUACGAAUUCUCUAGCAAGUAGUCGUACAUCAAGUAUUAAUAUUCCUCCUCUACUAUCAUCAAAAACUAGUACGGCGUCAAAACAAUCAUCUAGUUCAACAUUAACAAGAACAAAUGUUAAUGAAACAAAAGAAAGAAAUGGUGUACGAAAACUUAUACGAAAAAUCUUUAAAUCAUCAUCAAAAAAUCAAGAAAAUGCACGAACACUCGUAUCUAAUUCACCAAAAGGUCCACCAUUAAAUAUCGAUCUAAAACAUGGUACAGCUUAUCCACCAUUGAGUCCGUUACCUGUUACACAAGGUCCAAUACGUUUAUUAGUACUUCGACAUGGUGAAAGACUUGAUCGAUAUUAUUCAUCACAAUGGUUAAGACAAGCAUUUGAUAAAGAUGGAAAUUUUUGUCGUUUUUCACCUAUUUUACCAGAAACAUUACCAUUUCGUGCUUCGAUUCGUGAUUUUGAUCUUGAUCCACCUCUUACUUACAAAGGUCUCAAAGACGCCUUUCAUACAGGAACUGUAUUAAGAGAAAAAAGUAUUAAUAUUAAUUAUUGUUAUUCAUCUCCAGCACUUCGUUGUGUUCAAACAGCUUCAAAACUCCUCGAAGGUUUACAAUUACAGAAUAAAAUCAAAAUUCGUAUUGAACCAGGUUUAUUUGAAUGUACUGGUUGGUAUACAACAAGUGAAACAAGCAGUAUUUUAACAAUGCCUAGAUUUAUGACAAAAAAGGAACUUUUAGAAAAUAAAUAUUCUAUUGAUAAAAAUUAUCAUGAACAAAUGACGAUGGUUGAUAUAUCUCAACUUGAAAAUGAAUUAGAAUUUUAUCAACGUAGUCAUGCUGUUACAGCAAGUAUACUGAAAAUGCAUGAACACGAAUAUAUUACACAAAUACAACAAGGACAAAGUUCAACACAACAACAUUUACAUAUUUUAUUUGUCGCUCAUGCUCCAAGUUUAGAAACAUGUACACGUAAAUUAUGUGGUGGAAAAUUUCGUCCAGAUACAUUACCACAUGUUAUUCGAAAUGUUGAUUUUCUUACAAUGACUGUCAUUGAAAAAACGGAUAACAAUGCUGAUAAAUGGAUAUUUCGUCGAAGUUCAUUUUAUGGCGAUGAAUUUUAA